CUGAAGUCCGGAGAGCGACGCGCGGCCGGGCGGCUGGAGGUAGCGCGGCGCCGGACCGGGCCCUGGAAAUGGUCCCCGGCGCCGCGGGCUGGUGUUGUCUCGUGCUCUGGCUCCCCGCGUGCGUCGCGGCCCACGGUUUACGCAUCCAUGACUAUUUGUAUUUUCAAGUGCUGAGUCCUGGGGACAUUCGCUACAUCUUCACAGCCACACCUGCCAAAGAUUUUGGUGGUAUCUUUCACACACGGUAUGAGCAGAUUCACCUUGUUCCGGCGGAACCUUCAGAGGCCUGUGGGGAACUCAGCAACGGUUUCUUCAUCCAGGACCAGAUCGCUCUGGUGGAGAGGGGGGGCUGCUCCUUCCUUUCCAAGACCCGGGUGGUGCAGGAGCAUGGCGGGCGGGCGGUGAUCAUCUCUGACAACGCGGUUGACAAUGACAGCUUCUACGUGGAGAUGAUCCAGGACAGUACCCAGCGCACUGCUGACAUCCCUGCCCUAUUCCUACUCGGCCGAGAUGGCUACAUGAUCCGCCGCUCCCUGGAACAGCAUGGGCUGCCAUGGGCCAUCAUUUCCAUCCCAGUUAAUGUCACCAGCAUCCCCACCUUUGAGCUGCUGCAGCCACCCUGGACCUUCUGGUAGAACUGGUCCCGCAUUCCUGCCAUAAGCAACUCUGGGCUGGAGAGGGGAAAUCCAGGAAUUCUGCGGUUUGGGAUUUGGGGCUAGUGUUUGGGGAAAGGUGGAGCCAGGUACAGGCCACAGACUUGGGCCUUGGCGAGGCUGAAGGAAGCUGUACCCCUGGCCUUCCCUUCCCCAGGGUACACCCAAGGGUAUCUCAUGCUGACCUCGCAAGAGCCAGGUCUCAGGGUUUCUGGGUAGAAUGCGGAACAAAAGAAGUUAAAGGCAAAUAACCUGAGAGCUACAAAUGACAUUUGUGACCUACCAAGUCCCAUCUGACUCCAGUCUCCCCCACCCAGGGUCUUCUCCUCACAAUGUUCUUCACAGCAGUUCCUGGUGUGGUUUAAGGAUUUGGUGUUUGGGGACUCAAUAAACCCUCAGACUUUUUAGCAAUAAAGCCUCUCAUCAGGGUUGCAA